UAUUGGACGGUCUGUUAAGGGAGAGAAGAAAAAAAAAAAGAAAGAGUGCAAAAAUAGAAAUUAGGGUUCUUCAGUGACGGACGACUAGGGCGAACAGGUUGCUUGGAGAGUCCUAUGGAUCGUAUCAGUUUGUUGCCCAAUGAUUUCAUCUUGCAGAUACUUUCAUUGCUUCCUACAAAAGAUGUCUUGAACACUUGUGUUCUGUCAAAGCGAUGGAGGAAUCUUUGGAAGUUGGUGCCAAGACUCCAGUACAUCGAUAUCGAUAAGGAUGCUGAACUGUGGAAGUUUUUUCUAUUUGUGGACAGGUCUUUGCUAUUAAACACGGCUCCAGUCUUAGAGAGUUUGCAUUUCAAGUUUGUUCGGAAAUGCAGGGACGUAGAUAUUGGGUUUUGGGUUAGGAUUGCAGUGGAACGAGGUUUGCGUGAGCUGAAUCUCGAUUAUGCUCAUAUGAUUGAUGAGCCUAUCAGAAGAUUGCCUCAGAGCUUGUUCACAUGUGGAACACUUGUGGUGUUGAAGUUAAAACAUGUAUCUCUUGUGCAUGUUCGAUUUUUUGUAUGUUUUCAGCUGCUCAAAACGCUGCACCUGGAAUAUGUGAUUUUCCUAGACGAUGAAUCUCCUAAGAAGCUUUUGUCAAGCUGUCCUAUUCUUGAAGUUUUGGUCUUGGAUCGAGAGGACGACGGCGUUGACAAUGUGGGGAGUUUCUCUGUUAUGGUGCCUUCGUUACAAAGAUUUGUCUAUUGGGGAGGAUCUGGUUCUGAGCUUGUGUUGGAUUCGACUGCUUUAAAGUACUUAAAGCUUUUCGAUCAUGGUUACCAGUGUAAGAUUAAGUAUUUGCCUGAGAUUGUGGAAGCACAUGUCGAGGUUACAUGUUCCAACACUGAUGAUAUCCUCAGAUCUAUAGCAUCAGUCAAACGCCUCUUGUUAUGUUUACCCUUAGAGCCUGAGUUUCCUACUGGUAGUAUCUUCCACCAGCUUGAACACUUGGAGUUUUGCACUUGUGAAAGUUUGUGGGAUAUACUUAUGUCUAUGCUCCAACAAUCCCCGAAACUUCGAUCUCUCAAGCUUAACGAGAUCCAUGGCUACGUUACUGUUUCUCGAGAUCCUAUGCUUCAUUGGGAUGAACCAAGCCCUGUUCCUGAAACGCUGACGUCUGUUCUUGAACCUUUUGAGUGGAGAAACUACAGGGGAUGGAAGAUAGAGAGAGAACUCGCAACUUUUAUCUUGAAACAUUCAAAACGUCUAAAGAUUGCAACUUUUUCGCCAGCAGAUUGCACAUACGCGAGACCGGAGCUCCGCACCACAGUUGGGAUGAAAUAUCGUAUGCUCACGGAAUUGACGCGUUUGCCAAGGGGUUCAACAGAGUGUGAGCUUGUCUUUGGUUAAGUUAAGCUUUUGUCUUUCGUUAAGUUAAGCUUUUGUAGUUGUAAAAGUUUAGACAAACAAACACUGUAAUUGGAUAAUGUGGAUUUAUGAAAAGAUAAUUCUACAUUUAA